GCAGCCGGUCCGGCCCUGGCGCACGUCGGUAGUCAGCUGCCGCGGCCUGGGGCUGGGAUGUGACGGACUGCUGGUCCCGUCAGUGGCGUCUUCCCUGAGCGGCGGUGACUGCGGCGAGGGCGGCGUGGACAAGGCCAGCGGGCGCCAUUGGCGACCGGCCGUGUCGGCCGCGGGAUGAGGAAGCGGACCGAGCCCGUCGCCUUGGAGCAUGAGCCCUGCGCCGUCUCGGGCUCGACUUCCUCCGGCUCGGCCGCCGCGGUGCUGGACACCGACUGCAGCCUGAAGCGGAAACUGUGCCUGGCGGGCAGGGGACCGGGCGAGACGCGCAGCGCCGCGGACGCGGACAUGAAGCGGGCGCUAGGCAGGCGAAAGGGCCUGUGGUUCCGACUGAGGAAGAUACUUCUCUAUGUUUUGGGGUUAUACAUUGCCAUUCCAUUUCUCAUCAAACUAUGUCCUGGGAUACAGGCCAAACUGAUUUUCUUGAAUUUUGUGAGGGUUCCCUAUUUCAUUGACUUGAAAAAACCACAGGAUCAAGGUUUGAAUCACACCUGCAAUUACUACCUCCAGCCAGAGGAAGAUAUAACCAUUGGAGUCUGGCACACUGUCCCCACUGUCUGGUGGAAGACUGCCCAAGGGAAGGACCAGAUGUGGUACGAGGAUGCCUUGGCUUCCAGUUACCCUAUCAUCCUGUACCUGCAUGGGAAUGCAGGUACCAGAGGAGGUGACCACCGAGUGGAACUUUACAAGGUGCUGAGUUCCCUUGGUUACCACGUGGUCACUUUUGACUAUAGAGGUUGGGGUGACUCAAUAGGCACGCCAUCAGAGCGGGGCAUGACCUAUGAUGCACUCCAUGUUUUUGACUGGAUUAAAGCGAGAAGUGGAGACAACCCCGUGUAUAUUUGGGGCCACUCCCUAGGCACUGGAGUGGCAACAAAUCUGGUGCGGCGCCUCUGUGAGCGAGAGACACCUCCAGAUGCCCUAAUAUUGGAAUCUCCAUUCACCAAUAUUCGUGAAGAAGCUAAGAGCCAUCCGUUCUCAGUGAUAUAUCGAUAUUUCCCUGGAUUUGACUGGUUCUUCCUUGAUCCCAUUACAAGCAGUGGAAUUAAAUUUGCAAAUGAUGAAAAUGUGAAGCACAUCUCCUGCUCCCUGCUCAUCUUGCACGCUGAGGAUGACCCAGUUGUGCCCUUCCAGCUUGGCAGAAAGCUCUACAACAUUGCUGCACCCUCUCAGAGCUUCCGAGACUUCAAAGUUCAGUUUAUCCCCUUUCACUCAGACCUCGGCUACAGGCACAAGUACAUCUACAAGAGCCCUGAGCUUCCUCGAAUACUAAGGGAAUUCCUGGGGAAUUCGGAACCUGAGCACCAGCACUGAGCUCACUGCUUGAAGGAGCAUGAAGACCUUUGCCCUCCUCCCCAUUCCUCCAGCCAACCCAGCACCGUGGAGCAAGGGUACCAGCGUCUGUGAUGCACCUGGAGAGAGGACUCGGAUGCCAUCUAGGGCAGGAAGAGGAGGCCACAGCAGACUGGUGGCCAGGAGCAUAGAUCUUUGUGGAAAAUGCGAGUGGCAGGCAUGUGGCCCUCUCUCCCUCUUGCUGCCACUCAACCUGAGUUCUUGGAAGGACAGUGACACAGCAGGCAGCAACCAGCAGGUCGAUCCCACACUUCUUGAGCUGGGUAUGGAGAAUGAGGCAGGAAGUAUGAAGUCUUGGGACCACACUGAGCUAUCCGGUACCACCCAUGAGAAUGUGAGGACACUUGGGUUCUUCUGUCCCUUCCCAGCACAUGCAGAAUGGACUCUGUUGGUUCCAUAGCCCCUUCCUGCCCUCUGCACCCCCACUUGCCUUCCUUGGUGUCCCUGCCUCCCUUGGCAGGCCCACCACUCACAGAGAGGGAAGUGCCCACGAUCUGCACUUCCUCCACUUUCCACCCACCUGUUCACCUGAGCGUUUAUUUAAUAAAAUCCUAGUGGUGGUCUGUC